AUGUCGUGCAUAUACCUCCCUGAUGAACUCGUCGCAGAAAUCCUUUCAUUCCUUCCUGUGAAAUCUUUGAUGCGACUAAGGUGCAUGUGCAAGUCAUGGAAAACCCUUAUAUAUGAUUCCGCAUUCGUCAAACUACACUUUCAGCGACCUUCAAGAAAGAAACACAUAGCAGUAAUCAAAUAUGAAGCAGGUUACAUUGCGGAAACUAAAAAUUUUCCUUUGAAUCAUUCAUUGGAGAACCCAUCAGUAAGCAUCGCUAGCAACUCUUACUACCGAUUGGAGUACAAGGAUUGUAUCCGAGUUGUUGGUUCAUGCAAUGGAUUGCUUUGUUUGCUUGGUUAUUCUUACUCAAGUAAUCAUAAUCAGGAUGAAACAAUCUUCUGGUUCCGUAUCUGGAACCCAGCCACAAGGAUAAUAUCGGAAAAAUUAGGAACUUGUCACCAACCUUGCAAUUUAUUCAAGCUCAGUUUUUCAUUCGGGUAUGAUAAUUCAACUAGAACUUAUAAUGCGGUGGUUUUGUGUACUAGUGAGGUGAAAGUUUUCCAUUUCGGUGAUAAUAUUUGGAGAAAAAUUGCAAAUUUUACUCCUUAUAACCUUGUUGAUACCCUUGGCCAUGAUGGUGUGAACCAACAAGGAGUGUAUUUGAGUGGCACUGUUAAUUGGAUUUCCAUUUAUCCGGAGGAUGUUACUCUUGAUAAAUUUGCGAUUAUCUCGCUUGAUCUUGGUACCGAGACAUACAAGAAACUGCUACCCCCUCCUGGAGCAGUUAAUUUAGUGCCACCAUAUACUGAACCAACUAUUGCUACUUUCAUGGAUCGCCUUUGUUUUUCUCACCAUCGUAAGAAAACUCAUUUCGUUAUAUGGCAAAUGAUAGAAUUUGGAUUUGAACAAUCUUGGACUCAAUUCCUUAAAAUUAGUUUUCAGAAUCUACUAGUAGAUAAUUUUGGUCACUCGAAAUAUUAUCUUUUCCCAUUCUGUCUUUCUGAGAAUGGGGAAACAUUGAUAUUCGCAAGCUGUGUACAACACAAAGCAAUUCUUUAUAAUUUGAAAACAAAUAGAGUAAAGAAAGCUAUUGGUAGUGCAAUAACGUGGUGUUAUUCCAAGGAUUAUGUUGAAAGUUUGGCUUGGAUUUGUUGA